GAGAGGGGAGGGGGAGAAUAGAGGGGAGGCGAUGAGGAGGACAGAUUUAAAGAGGAGGAAACACUGGAUCAGCAGGAGGAAGAUGAUGAAGAUGAGGAGAAAAGAGGAGAAACAUGAAGCGACCGGAGCUCCGACGGAAGUAGGUGACUGAGUCAAGGUGAGGUGGUGGUGGGCGGGGCUUAGCCUGCUGAGCCACCAUCUGAUUGGUGGGUGGUGAUGAUCGCGACCGGCGGCCUCCUGCGGAUCAACGCACGGCGUCAGGACUCACUGAGGUCCAAAACACACAAAGCACACACACAUAAGAAGAAUAAGAAGAAAAGGAGGAACGAAGUGGUGGUGGUGAAGGGGAAGUUGAAGUUGUUUUCAGUCUCGGGUCUCGUGGCAACGCUUGGCAUCCUGGUCCUGCUGGUGGGCGUGGUCAUGGCGGCUCUCGGCUACUGGCCUCGAGAUGGACUCUUCUUCAGUGCUCAGCCACAGGAGGGCGCUGCCAUGGCCUCCAUGUCUUCCAGCAGCUCCAUACCUGCUGACGUUCAGGGAGGAGAGGUUGGAGAGGAAAUCAGAGAAGAUGAAGCACGAGAAACAGGAGAUGAUGGUUUUAACCGGACAGAAAUCGCCAACGGGACGACCCGACAGCUUACGCAAGGCUUUCUGGAGGAUUUUCUGGACAAGUAUCUUUUCUCUGAUAGGCUGAAGGUCUUCGGUCCUCUCAUAAUGGGCAUUGGGAUUUUCCUCUUCAUCUGUGCGAACGCUGUCUUGCACGAGAACCGCGACAAGAAGACAAAAGUGAUCAACCUGCGGGACAUUUACUCCACCGUCAUUGACCUUCACAGCCUCCGCAAACCCAACACUUCCUCCGCUGCCAAUCCGCUUAACGGCCUCGUCAACUACGUCCAAUCAAAGAGCCUGGAGAUCAAACCCAGGGCGUACCCCGCCUCCUUGCUGAGCAGGAGGGAGGGAGGUGGAGGGCAACCACUGACCGGCAGAGGAGGAAGUGAUAGAGGAGGUGAUGGAGGAGGGGAUGGAGAAGGAGAAGAGGUGUUCAGUAUCUUCCAGGAGCAGCCAGGUGCUCCUCCUCCUCCGUCUUCCCACAGACUCUCCCUCCCGCCCAGCUUCAGCCCCCCCCACCUCUCCCUGCAGAAGGAGGUGCUCAGCUCCUUCACCUUACCCCUGCGCCGCCCACGCCCAGCCACCACCUGCAGGAGGCACUCGGCUCGGGCAGGGAUGGGCUGGGGAGGAGAGGAGGAGCGGAGGAGUGAGGGGGAGGAAGAGGAAGAAGAGUAUGUAUCGCCACCUCCUCCCCAGAAUUCAUCAGCAGCUUCCUGCAGCUCCUCUAGUCUCCACAGGGAGGCACCAGGAGGCUCCCUGUCUCACCUCCUUUCCUCCUCCUCCCUGUCUCACCUCCUCUCCUCAUCCUCCUCGUCCACGCCAGCCCCCCCCUGCAGGAGGCGGAGCCUGCCGACCGGCGGCAGCGCAGCGGGUUACAGUAAACUGACCUACGGCGAGGACGAAUCAUUUGAGUCGACAUCAUCGCAGGAAGUACUCCAACAGGGAGAAGCUGAAGAUGAUCUCACAGGAAGCGGGCCGACCAAUCAGGAGCUGACUCAGUGAUUGACAGCACAAGUCACUGACGACAUCAGAUCAGGAAGUGAAAAACUCAUAUUUUUUUCUGAUGUUCUGCUGCCGAAGGAUUAAAUGUUGUAGCAAUAUGGAGUCUUCCAGAUGAAUGAAUGACAGCACAACAUUAAGUUAACUGACUGCUUAAUACAAAGACACGUGGGAAUGUUUUUAUACUGAAUCAUCAUAUGUUGUCCCAGAGUAAACUGUCCGGACCCGUAUACCGAGGUUUACCACAAGGUUUCAUAUUGCCACAGUUUUAGUUUUCUUUAAGACUAAUUGUACAUGUCCACAGGGGUGUUUUGGACGCUUGAUGUGCGUGCCACCAGGCAUCUGUUUGGAUGAACGCUUUCACUCGGCUGCUGAUUUUAAACCAAUCCAACAUGGCGGCUUGUUUGUAAACUUUCUUAUGUAACGAGAAUAGUUCAACGUAAUGUGUUUCUGAAAACACUUGGUGCUGUAUCGUUUUUUUUAGGAGCGUUGGCUGCCCCUGAUUUGCAUAAAGUAAAUUAGAUCUCAAUUUUAUGCAAAUGAAGAGCGGUCAACGUGACGCUCCGUCUCUGGAAAUGCCAUUUCUCGUCACAAACUUUCUAGUAAACUAACCUGUCUACUGAAAUGUACCGUUGUUAGUCCGUUAAUAAACAAACAUAAUAUUAUUUAAAUCAUGUUGCUUAUCAAUAAUGCAAUGCAUGUUGGAUUUAUUGCUGUGACGCCGUUGGCACAGGUCACUUAUUUUUAAAUUUGCCAGAACGUGUCAUAUUGCUAAAUGCCGGUUUAGCCUGUUUGCAUAAAAUAAACCGGUUUAAGCUCAUACAGCGGACCAACUUUAUAGCCCUACAAGUGAUGUUUUAUGUCAUAAAGUGGUGGUUACCACUUGGCAGUUCAUAUCCAGAGAAAAGUUUGGGACUCACUGUUGUUAAAUGUGUGUUCAUAAAAAAGAAAAAGCUGCUGGAUGUCAGAGCAAAAUAGUUUUAUCACCCACUGUUGGCACAAUUUUUACUUCAACAUUAAUAAAAGCACACAAGUGGAAGUUUUGGACUGUAGAGAAGAACAUCAUCUGCAUAGAAAUGUACAUUAAAAUGUGGAGAGGCAGAUAAUCUUGUAAUAUAGUGUUAAAGGGUUUGAGUUUAUCAUUUGUACCCUCAAAUUAAUAAACUGUGACCCCGAAAUGCUCAUGAAUCACUCCAAUAUAAAUGUUUGGCCAUUUCCAUCAGCAUGAAACUAAUUAUACUCUGAGGUUUAAACGAGGCUGUUGUUGUUGUGGUUCACAGCGAUUAACCAUCAGACUGAUUUUCUUA